UAUGCAUUGUGACAAUUUUUGUGUCCAUAUCAAAUAUGGCUGCAUGAGAGCUUGUCACUGAAAAAAAAACUGUGUGUUCAUUUCAAAGUCGUACUGUAAUGUUAAAGGUGGUUUUAAUGCAAACCAACUUUUAUAAGCUUUGCGAAGGGGAACAUCACGUCAGGGAUGUUUAGAGCUGCAAUAAACAUUCACAAUAUCCUUACAAAUUAAAAUAUUGCUCUCCUGCAUAUUAGGCUUUAAGUGGUUUUUCACUCUACGACUGUGAGUUUAAUUAAAUUAUCAAUCAUGCACGAAAUUAUAUCCAAGAAGAUUAUCAUGCAUAAGGGGAGUAUUUUGCAGAUAGAUUACCAGCAUGCAGGUGUACUCGCACGAAAUUCAUUUCAAAUCCUGCUUUAGGAAAAGUAAAAGUUCUUAGCUACUUACACCGCCAUAUCUUUAAUAUAUAGACAAUGUUCAUAAUGGUCUCAGUGGUUUCUAUUGCCUCUCACUCUAUGUAUAAUGUGCAUAUAAGGCCUUUAUAUAGACUUUAAAAAAACGCGAUAGACUCGCAUGAUCGAAAUAAAGGAAUAGCCACUUGUAUAUAAGUUAAAAGCCUUGUGUCCCAAAUACUUUCGCCACUGACUUAAGUCAACCGGCUAGGCAGGCAAGUACAGUGCAAUAAAACGGCUUCUUAUCCUUUGUAUAAUUAGAUAGGCACUUGACCACCUGUACAUCCCUUAUGAAUACAUUUUAAAAUUUCGCAGGUGUUUCGCUGGCUAUGAAAUUGUCGGCGGUAUCCAUUAACUACGGCAAAUACGAUUAUGCAAACAUAUCGCAGCUUUUGGACAGUAAAUAUACGUGAACUUGUAAAUUCGGAGGAAAGAUGCUGUUUGUAAUUUUAUUCUGUCUCUCUUUCCCAGUUAUUUCGAUGGCAAAUCAUGAAGAGACGGAGCUCGUGAGAAUGCUGACAAAUCUUACAAGCUACAACAAGUACGUGCGUCCAGUUUUGAAGGAAAGUAAACCUGUUGUCGUUAGACAUGGAAUUAUCCUUAAAGAAAUUUCCGACAUAAACGAAAAACAGCAGAAGAUGAUAGUAAAUGUUCUACAGAAAAUUGAAUGGAAAGAUGAAAUUUUGAACUGGAAUCCGGCAGAUUACGGUGGAAUUAAAGAGAUAAACAUCGACUCAUCACAUUUCUGGAUACCGCGCCUGUUACUCUAUAACAAUGCGGACGAUAAAUACCCCAUUGAACGCGACGACGCUAAAACAAGACUGUUGUUGAGAUAUAAUGGCAGUAUCACUUGGAUUGUUCCAGCAGUUCUGAAGAGCUCGUGCAGAAUUAACGUCAAAUAUUUCCCACUAGACGAACAGUUCUGCAGCUUACGUAUUGGCUCAUGGACGUUAGACAUCGACCGUCAAGACAUCAAUCCAAUCAACACCGAAAUUGACUUAUCCAUGUUUUCUCCGAACAGUCAAUGGGAACUUCUUGAAACAUGGGCACACAGGCAUACUUUGAGACACAGUUGCUGUGCCAAAGAUGUCGCGCAGAUACAGUAUGAUAUUCAUAUCAAACGCCUGCCAUUGUUCUACAUAUCAAAUUUUAUACUACCAUGUGCCCUCAUUGCAGCCUUAACAGCUAUGGUGUUUUUGACACCAGCAGAAACUGGCGAACAACUUGCAGUCGGUGUAACCAUAUUGCUUUCCCUUGUCGUUUUCUUCCUCAUGGUGGAAACAAGAGUGCCCAACACUUCAGAUCACCUUCCGUUAAUUGCUAAAUAUUACUGUUGCACAGUGAUCGAAAUAUCUGCUGUUUUGGCUAUUACCUGUCUUAUACACAAGUUUGAACACCAUAGCGCUGAACCUUGUCCUCCAUGGGUGCAGAAAUACAUAAUCGGGUAUAUGGGAAGGAUGGUUUUCAUGACAUUUGAACAAAAGAAAAAGAAAAAGGUUCAAGUAAUAUCAGUCUCUGGAGGAAGCAAACCUGUCCCAGACAAAGUAAAUUUGGACACAAAAGUACCUAAACCGCAAAAUUCAUGGAUGAAAAAAAAAGGAUUAGGGAAACUGCUGCAGAAAAAUGCGGAGCCGAGUCCGUUUGAAGGCAACAAAAACGUUACAAUCAUUGCGGACAAUAUGAGAGACAGCACAGCAAGUGAAGCUCUAGAAAUGCAGUGGAAACAUGCAGCUAAUAUCCUAACACGAUUCAUGUCAUUGGUAUAUAUACUGGCAAUAACCAUCACUUUCUUUGCAAUCAUUUGUAGCAAGGAUGAUCAAGGGCAUGUGUUUCCUAAACAAAAGUAAAACCCUUUACUCAGCCGCGACAUUUUGAAAUAUAUAUAUUGUUUAUAGAUUCAUUAGGUUGAGUGUCAACAAAGCCCACGUUGUAUAGCUACUGUCAUCGCACGUAUAUGCGAUGUAUACCAAAGGCGUGCUCGAUCUUUAAAAAAAUCAAGAAUUGGUGAUGCGCGGGGUUUUGCAAAUGCAAGAUCAUGGUGCAUAAUUGCAUGCAUGCGGAACAGGAUUGCGCGAGUUGAGAUAUGUUUUUGUUUUAUAUCAGAAAAGAGCAAAAUAGUACUAUAAGUACUAUAAGUCAUGUGCACGAUGGAAAUAAAAUAUUAGGCUGAACUAAAUAAAACAGGAACCACUAUAUAUAAUUAUAAUCCUCUUAACCGAUUUAAUAAUUUAAAAGAUAUAUCAGUUCAAGAUUUAGGGAGUAUUAUUGUGAUAAUAUUCUUGUAUAAUUUGGCACGAUGACCACAAAUAAGUGAAUUAGCUUCUCGGUACACCACGUAAGUUUUCAAAUUCAAUACUGCAAUACUGCACUGAUGAGUAUGGCCCGGGUUAACGGACCGAAAGCUUUGUAGUAUUAAAUACUUACGUGGUGUACCUACAAGCUAAUUCGCUUAUUUACAUAAUAUUACUCAUAUAUAUAGCUGGAUAAGAUAAACUUUUGCGAAUCAUUUUUUAUCCUCUUUAAAUAAAGUAUCUUAUCUUGUGUUA